AGGAAUAAUUUAUGCGCAUGCGCUUGAGAUAUGGAGAAGUUCUUGAUUGAGACAUAUCUCACCAAUCGGAAUGAGGGACAGUGAAGAAGCGUUGAAAAUGUUAGCGAUGUUACGUUGAUGAGUAUGCGGUCUGGCGGUCUGGCUGUCAACAAGCCACCUUUAGCAAUAAGUACAAAACCGUCCUCGCGAUAACUACUACUACUAGCACUACUCGCCGUUGUGCGCACGGAGCAUUUAACGUUUUCAACGAGCGAUCCGUCAGCUGCAUUCGGGUCGUGGAAAUUAUGAGGCGUUGACCCAUUCCUGGUCUUUGCACCUCCUCUGUUCCGUGCGUGAGUUUUUUUGAACCCGGUGCCCUUUAAUCGCGGAAAAGGGAGAUUCAGAUACACCGAGUUCCUUCUGUAACGGACUGCGAAGGCGAUCGGAUGACUGGCAAGACGAUAACAGGCGAGCUUGCUCAGCUAUGUAACUCCCGAGGACUAUGAACGAUAUUCGUUGCUUUCGUAGCACCAUGGGCGAAAUACUGCAUACCGAUUUGGACAGUUCGGCCUCGCCCGCGAGGCUGGAGUAUACGUCCGAGAAACAUUCACGACACACCCUGGAAGCCGUCAACUUGCUCCGGUUGCACCGAGAACUCUGCGACGUCGUGCUCCUGGUGGGCAACCGAAAGAUCUUCGCGCAUCGCAUCGUCCUUUCGGCAUGCAGCCCAUACUUCCACGCCAUGUUCACGGGCGAGCUGGCCGAGAGCCGGCAAACAGAGGUGACGAUCCGGGACAUAGAUGAACACGCCAUGGAGCUGCUGAUGGAUUUUGCGUACACGUCGCACAUUGUGGUGGAAGAGGGCAACGUGCAGAUGUUGCUGCCGGCUGCCUGUCUGCUUCAGAUGGCGGAGAUCCAGGACGUCUGCUGCGAGUUCCUCAAGAGGCAGCUGGACCCCACAAACUGCCUGGGCAUACGGGCCUUCGCCGACACCCACUCGUGCCGAGAACUGCUACGAAUCGCCGACAAGUUCACCCAGCACAACUUCCAGGAGGUGAUGGAGAGCGAGGAGUUCCUACUCCUGCCCGUCAACCAACUGGUGGACAUCAUUUCUAGCGACGAACUGAACGUCCGAAGCGAGGAGCAGGUCUUUUCCGCGGUCAUGUCUUGGGUCAAGUACAACGUCACCGAGCGAAGACAGAAUCUCGGGCAGGUGCUGCAGCACGUGCGGCUGCCUCUGCUCAGCCCCAAGUUCUUGGUGGGCACGGUGGGCUCGGACCUGCUGAUCAAAAGCGACGAGGUGUGUCGAGACCUGGUGGACGAGGCCAAGAACUACCUGCUGCUGCCUCAGGAGCGGCCCCUCAUGCAGGGUCCCCGCACCCGGCCCCGCAAGCCCGUCCGCCGGGGGGAGGUGCUCUUCGCCGUGGGUGGUUGGUGCAGUGGAGAUGCUAUUGCCAGUGUGGAGCGGUAUGAUCCCCAGGCCAACGAAUGGCGCAUGGUGGCACCAAUGAGCAAGCGCCGCUGUGGCGUCGGUGUCGCUGUGCUCAACGACCUCUUGUAUGCGGUCGGAGGUCACGACGGCCAGUCUUACCUCAACAGCAUUGAACGGUACGAUCCCCAGACGAACCAGUGGUCAAGCGACGUGGCCCCAACAAGUUCUUGUCGCACGAGCGUGGGUGUGGCCGUGCUCGACGGCUACCUGUACGCAGUGGGUGGCCAGGACGGAGUUUCUUGCCUCAACUUUGUCGAAAGGUACGACCCCCAGACAAACCGGUGGACCAAGGUGGCGCCAAUGAGCACCAAGCGGCUGGGCGUGGCAGUGGCCGUGCUGGGAAGCUACCUCUACGCCAUGGGGGGCUCCGACGGCACAUCCCCACUCAACACAGUGGAGCGCUACGACCCACGGACCAACCGCUGGAGCUCAAUUGCGUCCAUGGGCACGAGGCGCAAGCAUCUGGGCUGUGCGGUGUACAGCAACAUGAUCUACGCCGUCGGGGGUCGGGACGACACCACCGAGCUGAGCAGCGCCGAGCGUUACAACCCGCAGCUCAACCAGUGGCAGCCCAUCGUGGCCAUGACCUCUCGGCGCUCAGGGGUGGGCCUGGCAGUGGUGAACGGACUGCUGUACGCCGUGGGCGGGUUUGAUGGCACCACUUACCUGAAGACCAUUGAAGUCUAUGACCCGGAACAGAAUCAGUGGAAGCUGUGCGGAAGCAUGAACUACAGGCGCCUCGGCGGCGGGGUGGGAGUGGUCAGGCUCCCGCAGCAUGAGGCACACUACUGGUGAAAAAGUAGGGCUGCAUAUUCCCGUGGGACCUUAUUGUUUUCACGAAACCAUGCACAUUCACAAGGACUCGUGUUCUUAGAUUCUUUCCGCAUCCUCAGCGCGAGUGUUGAACCAACUGGGACAUGUCAUCGGACGCUCAACCACACCAGAUUAAAAGUGGUUUGCAGGUUAAAAGAAAUACCGAGGAUGACCGUGCAUGUCUGCGAUUCUUAAAAAGAUUGUCAAAACCCGGGCAUUUCGGCUGCUAUGCACAAGCUCGUGCUGUAACCAUUAUGAGCACCGUUCCUAUCUAUACUGUUUCCUCGCGUGUGUCGGGGUUUCAUAGAAGCUGCUGUUUUUGUGUGCAUGUAUCCUAUUAGUGUAACACAUUGACCAACCGGUUAGAAGGCGUACGGGCUGAUCCUUCUUUUCACUCUAUUGUACUAUUUCCAAGUUUACAUUGAGGAAAGGCUUCAAUACAAGCUUCACUCAUUGAUGGAUUGAAGAAACUGCCUACGUGUCAAAUAUACCCAUACGCCACUGAUUUUUGUUGCUAGCUCCUGUUUGAACACUUAUCUUACAAAGACCAUUCAUUCCUUGUGAUUCUAGCAAGCCCUGUUUGUAUUGUGUGUGGUAUCUUUCUGUAUAUAUAUAUUGAGGUAAAUACCUUAACUAUAUGUACUAUAGAUGUGCGACUUGCAGUGGUGCGAUGGGUAAUGCAGCAAUAUGCGUCCUAGUUGUACAGAUACUAUACCGGUCCCUUUCUGAGACGCUGUACAUAUGAAGACCAAUCAAAGCACAAAAAUGAAUUUCUCCGAGUGUGUACGACUCCUCCAUGUGCCAAGAAGAAGGAGCAACUCCUUCUCAAACUUGCAAUGGAUUCAUGUACUACUACAGAUUGCCCAAAUAAACUUUUUUUAUGCCUCCGUGAA